CUUCAGCCCUCUGCUGCUCACCGCUGGGUCAGAAGAAGAUCGUCAGGUUUCUGCCCAGGUGCAGGAGAGACUGCCUCCCAAGCCUUCCAAAACCAAAGCCAUGGCAUCCUCUGUGAUCAAUGGAGACGGCAGCAAGAUGGCUGAUGCAGAGUGGUACUGGGGAGACAUUUCCAGAGAGGAGGUGAAUGAGAAGAUGAGAGACACUCCGGAUGGGACUUUCUUGGUCCGAGACGCCUCAAGCAAGGUGCAAGGAGAAUACACAUUGACUCUCAGGAAAGGCGGCAAGUACGGCUUCUCUGAGCCGCUGACCUUUUCCUCUGUGGCGGAGCUCAUCCUGCAUUAUCACCAGGAGUCGCUGGCCCAGUACAACCCCAAGCUGGACUCACGGCUACUGUAUCCCGUCUCCAAAUAUCAGCAGGACCAGGUGGUGAAAGAAGACUGCACAUUGAUCUGCUCCACGUUGAUCUGA